AUGUAUCCACAAGAAUUGGCAUGGUACGAUCUUAUCAAAACCCCUGAAUUUGUUCAACAACACUUGAACUAUAGCAAGAAUAAUCCCCCACAACUCCUACUUUAUAAUUCUGGUAACCUUCUUGAUGAUCAUGACUCCCGUUCCAUAACUUUACUUUCUGAAGAUAUUCCCCAAACUAUCAAAGGUAUGACGUACCUUUUAGGUUCUAUGGACGACUUGUUUUUUAUGACUGGGGUAAUUGAUCAUAUGCGUUCGUGUGCAUUAUGGAAUCCUAUUACUAGGGAGUUGAGACCCCUCCAUCUCCCUCCACCCAUAAUCAAUCAUUACCCUGUGUUUGGGUUGGGAUUGGACCCCUUGACUAAUGACUAUAAAGUGGUUUUCUAUUUGCGUAAAAAUGCAGCAACGAUCUAUUCCUGUUCUAGGGACUCAUGGAGAAUUUUCAAACCCAAAAAACCACUACCUUUAUUUAUAGACGUGAAACAUACAUUUGGUACUGCUUAUUUGAAUGGAGCUUAUUACUGGUUGCUAAAUGGAGGCAGCCAUACUGACUACUCCAUUCUUUCAUUCGACUUUGGGAGUGAAAUAUUUGAAGAGAUUGAAGGGCCUGAUUGUCACUGUGUUCAUAGUUCUAUGUUGGGUAUGAUGUUGCUUGAUGAUUCCAUUGCCAUGUUGAACUCGAACAUAGAUGAAAGAUUUGCUUAUGAUAUAUGGGUAAUGAUCCAACCAGCGAUCUGGAACAAACUUGUUACCUUUCAAUGCUUCCCUAAAAUUAAGUCGUGUUAUGAUAGCUCUCUCAUUUUGGCAACUAAAGCUUCUCGACUGGUCUCCUAUAAUGUUUUGACUAACAAGACAAGGCAUCAUGGAUUUCAACGUUCCUGCUUGACAAAACAUCCACUUUAG